AUGGAUGCUGACCACAGCAGAAAUAACCAGCGGUCGGGAAACACCAGAGGCACUCGCAACAAUGGCACCAGCAUUGGCAACAGCAACAGCCAAAACACUAUAAACGAUAGACGCAACAGAUCAACCGGCAGCUCUGCUAGCGCUGACAGCAGCGAUAUCAACCCCAACGACAUCAAUGCACCCAGUCGAUCCGAAAACAAUAGAAAUAACAGAAACAGCAUCCAUAAUAUUGCCAACCAAAAUGACAGCGCGAACACUGCCUUAUGGAAAGAAGAUCUCAGCAACCUGCUAACCCCACAGACCGUAGUAGAGCAAGCGCAGGUGCGGCGGAGAAAGCGUAAUCGCGAAGCCGCUCGGCGCUCAAGACAGAGGCAAAAGGAGCGCGAGCAGGAGCUGGUUAAGCGCCAGGAUAAGCUUUCGACUCAAUUGAAGUCCUUGGAACAGGAACUGGUAGAAGUAUUGGUCGACAGUAUUAAUAACGUGUACGCACUGACUAUGCAGACGCUCCAGUUAAUCGGGGUUCUGCAACUGCAGCUCGAUGAAAUUACAACUGAGCUCAAUAGUAUAAUGGGGUCUGACUAG